CCCCAGAAUUACAUCCAUGCCUAAGGGACGAAAACCACACUGAAGGCUCUAAAAUGGAUCAAGCGAUGAUUGGUUGGCAGCCAACACGAAAAAGAAACACAAUCUUGAAAAAAUCGAUCGAAAAGCUGCGCAGCUCCUUGGACUGCUGUCACUUAUCCAAACAAUGCUGCUGCAGCAAUUUGAGGAGUCUAUUUCCCUUCACGAAGAUUCUCAAUGGUUACAGUGGCCUCUAUGACCUCCCCUGUGACAUCAUUGCGGGCCUGACUGUUGGGAUCAUGCAUAUUCCACAAGGUAUGGCAUAUGCACUCCUAGCCCAGCUUCCGCCAGUCUACGGCUUGUAUACAUCUUUCUUUCCCGUCCUUGUCUACUUCCUGUUUGGAACGUCAAAGCACAUCUCUGUUGUCAUCAACGACAUACGGACUGGGCACAACAUUACACACUCUAUAGGGGACGAGGGGAUGUUGACCACAACCGCACCUCACAACGAAAACCUCACUAGCCUCACUCAGAUGCUCAGGAAUCAACAUAUGUCCCAACUGGAUUCUAUUAAAGUCGGCUACGCCAUGGCAGUCACAUUUGCUGUUGGUGUUUUACAGGUGUUCCUGGGAGCUAUGCGGCUGGGUUUUCUGACCACGUUCCUCUCAGACCCAUUGAUAUCCGGGUUCACAACCGGAGCGGCCGUCCACGUCUUCUCCAGCCAGGUGAAGUCCGCCUUCGGAGUUACAGUUCAGCAGUAUAGCGGUCCAUUCAAGCUGAUUUUUUCCUACAGGGAUUUUUUCACCAACAUUAAGAACACAAACAUCGUGACGAUGUCGGCGACGCUAGUGGCGGUUCUUGUUCUGAUCGCUAUCAGAGAGGGCAUCAACAGCAACAAAACGUAUAAAGCAAGGAUGAAGGGAAUACCAGUCCCUGGAGAACUCAUGGUGAUUAUCGUUGGAACUAUACUGUCUCGCCACUUUGCCUUGCACAAGGAGUUCGGGGUGGCCGUCAUUGGUCAUAUACCAAAAGGUUUCCCGGCAGUCAGUUUCACAUUUGUCAAGUAUUUGCCGGAUGUGAUUGGCGAAUCUUUCGCUAUUUGUUUUACUGCGUUUGCGACUUCCUUCGCCAUUUCAAAGAUUCUCGCUGACAAGCACAACUACAUUGUUGACCCGAAUCAGGAACUGAUCGCACACGGGGCCAGCAAUGUCCUGGGCUGCAUGUUCUCCUCAUUCUGUAGCGCAGCGUCCUUAUCGAGGAGUGUGGUUCAGAAUGAUGUUGGCGGCAAGACGCAGUUCGUCAGUCUUAUCUCGAGUGCUCUUGUCGUUGUUGUGCUGUUGGCAUUAGGCCCAUUGUUUCAAGAUUUACCAAAUAGUAUUCUGGCAGCAAUCAUCAUCGUUUCGCUGAAAGGACUGUUAAUGCAGUUCACAGAACUCAAGCGUUUGUGGACAGUUUCAAAAGUGGAUUACACUGUGUGGCUGGUAACUUUUGUCGCUACUGUCUUUCUGGACGUUGAUCUGGGACUCCUUAUAGGACUUAUCUACAACAUAGUGCCUAUCCUGCUACGAACACAACAGCCUUACUGCUGCCUUCUCGGCAGACUGCCAAACACAGACGUUUUUGUUGACAGCAAAGUUCACCUAGAAGCGGUCCCAGUGCCCGGAAUUAAAAUUUUCAAAUUCGAAGCUCCACUGUACUUCGCUAACAUGGAUAACUUCAAGGCUGCGUUAAUCAGAGAGACUGGGAUCAAUCCCCAUUCCCUCAAACAGCUCAAAGCGCAAAUGAAGGAUUCAGAUAUGACACUGAGACACCGCGAGGUUUGCAUGGCAACAUCGGACACUUGGCCAAACGAGCCGUGCGAGAGUCACGAGCAAGAGCGACCACUGGGCAGCCGACCAUUCCCUGCCAACUGCGAGAGCUUCGCUAUUAUCAUAGACGGGUCAUCAAUUCAGUAUGUGGAUAGCGUCACAGUUCGAGUGCUCAAGGAGAUUGUGCUGGAGUAUGCCGAGGUCGAUAUCGACGUGUACCUUGGAGAGUGCAAAGCUCCCGUCCGUGUCAUGCUGGACAAAUCCGGGUUCUACAGGCAAGUUCCCAGACGAAACGUUUGUGCAACCAUAGGUCACGCAGUCAGGGUCGCACAGAAGAGCGCUCUUUUGUCCAGAGAAACUCUGUCCAGCACAUACACAAUGGAGCCUGAGGACUUCAUAAAAGAUGGAGAAUUUGUUAAAUUAGAUUUGGAGACAUCAGCAGAAUCAAUAGACAGGAUCGCAACGGGACCAAACAUUUAG